GCCACAGCAGGCGGCAUGAGGCUUGAGUCGCUCGCAUCUCUAUCCAUGCUGCUCAUCGGGGUCUCAUUCGCCUGCUAUCCCCCGACUUCGGAUUCCCUGCAGGACCGGGCGUACAGGUCGGCCGUGGUGAUCGAGGGCAAGGUGCAGUCCACGCCGGGGAACGCCUCCGCCGAGCCUCCGUCGCAGCCCGGCGUGCACGUCAAAGUGCUGGACGUGUGGCCCCUUCACAGUGGGGGACUGGAGCCCGAGCAGCUCGUCACCGUGCUGGGGGAGUUCGGGUCGGAGGCUCCGUGCGCCGACGUGCAGAAGAACCGCAAGUACAUCUUUUUCAUGGAGCCCACGGAAGCGCCGCUGGUCUAUAAGGCUUCAUUUGCGCCCCUGGACACGAGCGGGAAGAGUCUCAAGAAGGAUGUUGGCAAGAUUUUGUGUGAGGACUGCGCUUCAGCUCCAAAGUUAAAACCAAUGAAGAAUCCAUCAAUAGUGGACGAAGGAAGCAAGCUCACAGUCAAGUGCGAGGCCACGGGGAACCCUCUGCCGACCUACCGAUGGUUCAAAGAUGGCAACGAGCUGAAGAAAAGCAAAAAAAUUCGAAUAAAGAACAGCCAGAAAAACUCCAGACUCCAGAUCAGCAGAGCGAAACUGGAGGAUUCUGGGAAAUAUACUUGUGUGGUGGAGAACCUGCUGGGAAAGGACAACUCCACUGGCACUAUAAACGUCCAAAGCAUAACCACAACGCUAUCUCCAGGCUCAGGCCACGCCAGAAGAUGCAAUGACACAGAGAAGGCCUUCUGUGUGAAUGGCGGUGACUGUUACUUCAUACAUGGUAUAAACCGGCUUUCCUGCAAGUGUCCAAAUGACUUUACUGGUGAUCGGUGUCAAACCUACGUUAUGGCACGUUUCUACCAUCAUCUUGGGAUUGAAUUUAUGGAGGCAGAAGAACUCUACCAGAAGAGAGUCCUGACAAUCACGGGUAUUUGUGUGGCUCUGUUGGUGGUGGGCAUCGUUUGUGUGGUUGCUUACUGUAAAACCAAGAAACAAAGAAAGAAGAUGCACAAUCAUCUGAGGCAGAACAUGUGUCCAGAACACCCCAAUCGGAACCUAGCUAACGGACCCAAUCACCCAGGACCAGGACCAGAGGAAAUCCCCAUGGUAGAUUACAUAUCAAAGAACGUCCCAGCAACUGAACGAGUCAUACGGCCUGCAACAGAAGGAUCGUUCCCUGCCAGCCACACCUCUUCCAGAUCUCAUAAUUCUUCCACACGCGCCCAUUCAUCAACUCACAGACCCGAGGAGCGGACGUGGAGCCUGGAACAUUCGGACAGUAUCCUCUCUGACUCACCCGGUAUGAUGUCAUCAUCGGUGGGAACCAGUAAAUGCAGCAGCCCCGCAUGCAUGGAGGCACGAGCCCGGCGGGCUGCACACUGUGCUUACAAUGACCCCCAUCGGCCGACCCUCCAAUAUGGGGACUCCUUUGACUCCCUAGGAGACUCUCCACACAGCGACAGAUAUUUGUCAGCUCUAACGACACCAGCCCGCCUCUCGCCAGUGGAUUUCCAUUACUCAUUCCCCCCGCAGGUGCCUACCUUCCAGAUCACCUCGCCCAACGCCAGCCAAGCCAUGUCCCUCCCUCCCGCUGUUCACAACCCGUACCCACUGGAAGACAACCAGCCUCUGCUGCGCCACUACCAAGUGCCCCUCCACGACACCCAGUGCCAGGAGGCCUAUCGGCAGCAACGGCGCACUUAUCCCAACGACAGCAGGGGCAGCCUGCCCUCAACCCCCUACCGCCUGGCGGACGACGAAGACUAUGAGACCACCCAGGAGUAUCUCUCUUCGAGGGAGCAACCAAAGAGAAGUGGGUCCAGCGCACCCGAUAGCCGGCGUUGGAGGAGAUCCAGACUGAACGGCCACGUGGCCCCGCGUGGAUACGAGGCAUCCCGGGACUACGGCUCCCGGAGCUGCCUUACAGGAAGCGAGUCAGAGGAGGACGGCGAGAGUACGCCUUUCCUCAGUAUGCAGAACAUGAAAGCUGAGCCCUCCACCAUCUACAGGCCGGUGGACAGUCGGACUCCUCACUCGUCGGGGCGGCACAGUGGGCGUGGGAACAUGCAAACAAGACUUACACACUCCUGCUCCAAACCAGACACUACACCCCAUUAGAAAAUGACCAUGAACCAACAAAAAGUCAAUAUAGUAUAGACCUGCAUCUAUAAGAAAUAUUUUUAUUUUAUAUAACUGACAGAUAUUCUAAACAAAUGAAAUAUUUAUUUUCAUUUUAGCAAAAGUUGUCUACUAGUUAACAGCAAAGACUUUUUUAUAGGGAAAACUCUAUUUAUAUGUACAUUUUGAUUUACAGCAUAAAAAGAUGUGCCAGUUUUUUCACAACGUAAAAAAGAAAAAAAAUAGAGUAAUAUUGUGGUGCCUUUUGCUGUUUGCCGAUGCCAGAGGGCCAGUGGAGGUUUUUGUAGCCUUUCUUAUACGGAUGCCUCAUUUUUUUAUACACAUUAAUAUUUUAUUUUAUUUUAUUUUUUCCCCCCAUCUCUGGUUGAACGUUUCCUUUCUUGUAUCCUUUUAGGAGUCGCACUCCACUGGAACCCCCUUUUCAUAUCAUGCAAUAUAAACCAGUUUCAUCACAAAGUGUAUGUUUACAUCAAUGUAACUCACCUGUAGAGUUUAUUAUUUGGGAUCAAUUAGAAUGAAUACCAUAUAGAUCAUUUUUGCCACCUGAUUUGGAUGUGUGUGUGUGUGUGUGUGUGUGUCUGUGUGUGUGUGUGUGCGCACGCAUGUCACUGCUUCCAUGUAUUGUUAGCGUUGCAAUGGUUGUUGAUGUAAUGGCAUCGCCCUACGGAUUUGCCAGUGCGCAUCAGAAAUACACAGAACCCCUGCUUUAUCACAACUGUGUGCCCAUCCCUCCACAUCACCCCCUGACCCCACCCCCAUCCCCAUCCCCUCGCACCAGUGAGUAGGCGCAGGUGAAGCUGCGGUAGGUUGUGUUAAGUUAUGCAGGUCAUUGCUUGAUGUGUUUACAGCUAUUCUUUACCCCCGUCCCAGCCUGCCCCAUUAAGCCCACCCCCCAACCAUCCACCCUCCCACCUUUUCUGCAGGCUCCCCUCAUUUUAGCCCUUUAUGAGCCUCAGAAAUACUGAGCCGCUUGGCACAGGGUGACCCCUGCCAUUAGAGGUGGCGGGCAAAACAAAAACAUUACAUCUGUUUUCACUCAACUUUUAACUCCCCUCCUCUUUAAAAUCCCAUACUUCAUCAUCCUUCUGUGUCCAUUCUUGUUUUUGUGGUCUCUGUUAGUGGCCACACAGUGUCUCAGGAUUUCCGAAUUGCCUCCCCAGCCCCAAAUCCCUCACCCAGUUAAGUCUGUUUCGGACCUUCAUGCACUCAUAACCUACACAUCCACACAGUCAAGUAGGAGGAAAACAAACUAGACAACACGAGUGGAAUAGAUGUGAAAGGGAUCAUUCGAUGCAAAAUAUGCAAACUUUCCGUUUUGCUGUUUGAUUACAUCAUUUUCUAAGAGGUGACCAUGCAGUGUGUGCGUGAUGCCUGUAGUGUAGAAUGAAACAACACAAUAUACAGUCAAUGCAUAUUUAACACAGUUAUUUUUCUUCAUUAAAAAAGCCAUCUAUCGAGUUUCUUGUGCACAUACUUAUUUUAUCACUCGGUUUAGAGAGCUUCACUCUUACAGGCAGACUUCCAGUAAUGUCAAGUAGCAUCCAAAUAGUGUCUCCUCCGAUAGUACUGUGUACCUACCGCUUUGUCUUAUUGACAGAUUUUGUCUUCUCAAAUUCAGCCUGAUGCAAGGAAUCAAAAACAUUAAAGCCCACAGAAAACUUUGAAAAUCUAAGAGGAAAGCUGAAGUGUUCACUGUUGAUAUGUUGCUAUUAAGAAUUAAAAAGAGAUGAUAACGAUUGCGCUGCACUUCUAAUUGCUACGUGGCAAUUGCACAGUGGUCUUUUUCAUGGGGAAUGGUCUUUGGUCACAUGUCACUUGCAGGUAAAUUCCCUAUCCCUUCCCCCAAAAACUCAUCUAAUUUAAUUUCUGUGAUCCCCCUAACUCUGGCAAAACUCACCAUGUUGAGGUCCUAUCAGGCAUGCUCUGCUAUAGAGUCCUCUCUUUUCAUUUUAAGACCUACUUCCACCUAACCUCGCACUCCCCCCAGCUUGAAACUCCCUUUCCUCUGCAUGUCCUUGUGGUCAAGGUUAGAUGGGUGCAUGGUUUUAAAAAAAAGGUGAAAAACAAAAAGAAAAGCAGCCGACAAUUCUAUUCCAGUCAGUGAAAGUGUAUGUUAUUUAACAUUCAGCAAUAAAUAUGAAGCUCCCACCCCUUGCCCCCCACAUGUCAAGCCUGGAAUAUGCUAGAAAUAAAAGAAACAAUGCGAGAUUGUCAUAGAUUGUAAAAUAAAAUGAAAAAUGAUUCCACCUGUUCAU